ACUAAUAAUAAUAAUAAUAAGAGAGAGGGUUGGGGGGGGGAAAAAUACUAAACCUAGGGUUUUCCGGACCUUCGAUCUCCUUCAUCUCGAGCUCGAUCCAUCGAUGGCAAGCGCUCUCCAGUACUUGGAAUCGCAGAGCAACGCGCAGCCGGAGCUCGCUGAGUGGUACAAUUCGCUCGCCGAUCUCUACCAGAAGAAGCUAUGGCAUCAGCUCACUCUCAAGCUCGAGCAGUUCGUCGCCCUCGCCGUUGUUCAGGCGGGCGAUGCUCUCAUACAACUAUAUCAUAAUUUCAUUACUGACUUUGAGACCAAGAUCAAUCUUCUCAAACUUGCACAGUUUGCUGUGAUAGUUUCACGACAAUAUUCUGAAAAAGAUGCUGCUAUUAGCUAUCUAGAAGGUGUUAUUGAGAAGCUCCGUGCUACCAGGGACUCGCGAAUUGAGGAGCCAGCUCUUUAUGUGAAGAUACAAAUAGCUGAAUUUAAUCUUGAAAAAGGAAGCCAAAAGGAGUGCAAAAAAUUAUUAGAUGAUGGAAAGACGGCCCUGGACAGUAUGACCGAUGUUGAUCCUUCUGUCCAUGCAAGCUAUUACUGGGUAUCUUCUCAAUAUCACAAAUCUCGUCAAGAUUUUGCAGAGUUUUAUAAGGGUGCUCUUCUUUAUCUGGCUUACACAGCAGUGGAAUCUCUUUCUGAAGCAUUCAAACUGGAUUUGGCGUUUGACCUCUCUCUGUCUGCUUUGUUGGGUGAUAAUAUCUAUAACUUUGGAGAGUUGCUAGCCCAUCCAAUUAUCAAUAGCCUUAUAGGUACCAAGGUGGAGUGGCUUUAUUACAUACUUCAGGCAUUUAAUACUGGAGAUUUAAUUCGCUAUCAAGAACUGUGUCGGGUUCAUAAUGCUGCCCUGAGUGCUCAACCUGCAUUGGUGGAGAAUGAGAAGAAGCUGUUAGAAAAAAUUAAUAUUCUUUGCUUGAUGGAGAUAAUUUUCAGUCGUCCCUCUGACGAUAGAACCAUUCCGUUGAGUUUUAUUGCUGAACAAACUAAACUUUCCAUAGAAGACGUGGAAUAUCUUCUCAUGAAAAGUCUCUCCGUACACCUUAUUGAAGGCAUCAUAGAUCAGGUUGAGGGAACAGUCCACGUCUCGUGGGUGCAGCCUAGGGUUUUGGGGAUACCCCAGGUAAAGUCGCUGAAAGAUCGUUUGAACAGUUGGCUAGGCAAGGUGCAAACUGCUUUGUACUCAGUCGAGGCAGAAACACCCGACCUUGUGGCUUCGUGAAUCAUGUCCUCUCUACCUUCUCUGUUUCUUGCCACCUCAGUAUAACAGUUUAUAGCAGCACCAGAAAUGCGAGAAAGCACACGCUUGAUGCCAUGCUCUCUGCUCUUCCCCAUUUAUUAGGAAAUCUGUGAUCCGAGCAGUCAGUUUGCACCGGGGGUCUGUAUUUUCGUUGAGUUAUUCGGGAAGCGCUAAAACUAGAAAUAUGUUUACGAACACAGAAGGAUGUGACCAGUAACUGCUGUUUUGAGCUAUUGCUUUCGAGAUCCUAUCGCAAACUUAAUUUUGAUCUCGAACAGUUGGAUGCCUUAUUGCAUUUACAGGAAAAAGUUAUUCCUUCUUCUUUUUCCUCCGUGAAUCUUAUUAUUGCAAUUGCCAAUUUUGCAGGAUAAUGUAUCAUUUUAUUAAUGUUUUUGAGUUUUAUGCA